GGGUAGGGAGGUAGGUAGGUAGCUUCCAGCAUCAGUCGGAAUCACUCAGUAGAAUCACUUGAGGUCCUCGUCACCCUGUACUCACUCAUCCAUCUUGGUCUCGCAUAGUGUUAAACAAGCUGCUUGCUACAGGAAGGCAUAAUACGCGGUCGAAAAUCGCGAUUGGCUACAUACAUUCGUCGCAUUUUGCACACCUAGCUUCGCCGUAAACAUGUUUUCACUGACUCUCACUGCUGAGCUUGGCGGGGUCACGAAUCUGCGCCCCGACGACACCGAGGCAAGCCCGUUCUGGUAUACUUUCAAGGUGCAGUGCACUUCGUGUCGAGAGACCCAUGCGAAUUGGGUUGGAGUUAGCCGCUUUGAGACAAACGAGAUGAGCGGUAGCAGAGGAGAGGCCAACUUUGUUUGGAAGUGCAAGAACUGCAAGCGAGAGUCUUCGGCAUCCAUCAAAGCAGCACCAGCUGCAUAUGAGGCUUCGGAGCCGGCAAAGGGCCAAAAGAUUAUCGAGUUCGAUUGCCGCGGGCUCGAGUUCGUUGAGUUCAAGCCAGAGGGCAAUUGGCUAGCCGAGGGUGUCGAGUCAGGAACCAAGUUCACCGAAAUCGACCUCGACGAGGGUGAAUGGUUCGAGUACGAUGAGAAGGCUGGAGAUGAAGUCAGCAUAAAAGAUCUCAAAUGGGAAAUUUCCCGUGCAUAGUGGGAUUUAUGGCAAGUCUGUAGCCGAGAUUGAAAUCCAAUGAAAAAUAUUCAACAGCAAGCCUAUCUGAGGGUUGCUGGAAGAGCGGCUUUUUUUUUUUUUCUUCAUCUGUAGCGCUCGCCGUUUAUUUAAGACUUGACAGCAAGAAAACUAUCACAACUACAGACGUGCUUGCUUACACUCUAUUCUAGAAGCAACCCCCAAACUUAGCUAAUCAGCCGAGUCA